AUGAUCCCAAGACUCCUCACAACCGCUUCGAGAGGCCUCGCACGUCGAGCAUUAACCUCCCAACAUGCCCCAAUCAACAGCUUCAUGAACGUCCCCAUCGUCAUCGAGAACACCGGCCGCUCAGAACGCGCCUUCGACAUCUUUUCCCGCCUCCUCAAAGAACGCAUCAUCAUGCUAAACGGCGAAGUCCACGACGACCUCUCCGCCAUUAUCAUCGCACAACUCCUCUUCCUCGAAGCAGAGGCCCCGGAAAAGCCGAUCUCGAUGUACAUCAACUCACCUGGUGGGAGUGUGAGCGCGGGAUUAGCGAUCUAUGAUACCAUGCAGUAUAUCUCGAGUCCCGUUCGUACGCUUUGCGUGGGUGUAGCGGCGAGUAUGGGCAGUUUGUUGUUGACGGCGGGAGCCCCGGGGCAGAGGUUUGUGUUGCCGAAUGCGUCGGUAAUGGUGCAUCAGCCAUCUGGUGGGACCGCUGGUAAGAGUUCGGAUAUUGCGAUUUAUGCAAAGGAGAUUUUGAGAACGAGGGAUCAAUUAAACGGGAUCUAUAAGAAGCACUUGACGAAGGAUAAGUCUUUGGAGGAAAUCAAUUCCUGGCUGGAAAGGGAUUUCUGGAUGUCUGCGGAGGAUGCUGUAGAGCACGGACUCGUUGACAAGAUUCUGGAGAAGCGUGAAAUUCCCAAGGAUAACAAGUAG